UCACUUGCUUUUUGCUCGCUUUGUUUACACGGAUGUGGCGUCGUGUUUUAGUUUCCUUCACCUUCACCUGAUCUGAUCCAAACGUUUGAUGACAGUAUCUGUAUAUUAUAUUCCCUUCCAAUAAAUCUUUGAUCUAUACCUCCUUUUUUCUGUUACCCACUUCACAAUUUCUUGUAAGAUCCGUUGGGCGAAGCGGUUACUUUUUCUGAGCUAUGCGUUGGGUUUUUACUUCAUAGUGGUUUCUUCAGAGAUGUGUAAUAACGGCGUAUCAUCUUUUUUCCUCUGAGAUUGGCCUAUUCUCGUAUAGCAUGGAUUUCAAAAUUAAAAAAUUGGUACUUUUGUGGUUGUCGGGGUUGAAUCCGUUCGAGGGAACUUGACCGGUGCAUGUGUAGUGAAGCUGUUUGUGUUUUUGCUUGUGUGCUUGCAUUUGGAGUUGAUUUCGUUAAGUGAUUGUGGAGGAAAACAUGUUCUGGAGGGAAAGCAGAGAGUUCAACAGUGGGCCGUUAUGCGGGCAGGUCAGAGUAAUCGUUGUUGGUGACUCAGGUGUUGGGAAAAGUUCUCUAGUUCACUCGAUCGUUAAAGGUUCUUCCAUCCCUCACCCUCCUCAGACAAUUGGUUGUGAAGUUGGUGUGAAGCACACUACUUAUGGAAAUUCUAGCAGUUCCUCAAGUAGCCUUAAAGGUGACUCAGAGAGAGAUUUCUUCAUUGAGCUAUGGGAUGUAUCAGGACAUGAUCGGUACAAAGAUUGUCGUUCUCUGUUUUAUUCGCAGAUUAAUGGAGUAAUUUUUGUUCACGAUCUUUCACAGAGAAGAACAAAGGCUAGCUUGAAGAAAUGGGCAGCUGAGAUUGCUGCAACAGGGACGUUUUCAGCACCUUUAGGAUCUGCUGGCCCUGGUGGUCUACCUGUUCCAUAUAUUGUUAUUGGUAACAAAUCUGAUAUUGCUGCAAAAGAGGGUACAAGAGGAAGCAGCGGUAAUCUUGUUGAUGUUGCGUACCAAUGGGUUGAGAAGCAGGGUUUGCUUCCAUACAGUGAGGAGCUUCCUCUAACUGAGAGUUUUCCUGGCAGUGGGGGCCUUAUUGCAGCUGCAAAAGAAGCAAGGUAUGACAAGGAAGCUGUCAUAAAUUUUUUCCAUAUGUUGAUUAGGAGAAGAUAUUUCUCAGAUGAAAUACCUGCACCAGCAUGGACUGUUUCUCCAGUUCAGAGAAAUACCCAGCGUAUUGAUGAAAAUUUGAUUGAUGAAGAUGAUCAUUCUUAUACUACAAGUCGAAACGGUGAUCCUUACAAGUAUAACAUGCUUCCUCCUCUUCCAGCUCAACGCAAUCUCACUCCACCGCCCACACUUUAUCCUCAACGGCCAGUUUCUGUCUCUGAAAACUAUAGCUUCCCAAGGUUUUCUUUGUCUGAUUCAUCAGAAACCAGUGCUGCGACCAGAACAAAGCGCUCAUAUAUUAAUGUCUGAGGAUCUCUGUAUUUGGUAAUGAGUCAUAGGUAAUACACUCAUGUAUUCUUGCAUGGAAUGAAGCUAUAUGUUUGUUACAAAUUCUAUGUUCUUCAUGUUACGUGUCCAUUGAUUCAUGAGGCUUUCACAGUGGAAAGGAUAUUUGUUCAAAGUUUGAGAAGAAUUUAUCAAUGAUAU